UCCCAUUUUGGCUCUUUUCACCUCCAUUCACUCUUUUUAUGGUGCUUCCUUCUUGUUGCCCUUUCAUUUCUAUUUCUACACUCCACUGCUACUAGGUUGUAGCAAGUCUACUACCCUACUCUCAUAUCAUCUCCUAACUUGAUAACUGUAUGGUAAUCUCGUAGCACUCUGUUCAUUAAAUUGUGUGGGAAGGGUGGUAGAAAAUGGCGGAUUGGGGUCCGGUGGUGAUAGCGGUGGUGCUGUUUGUGCUGUUGACGCCGGGGCUGUUGUUUCAGCUGCCUGGGAAUAGCAGAGUGGUGGAGUUUAACAACAUGCAGACCAGUGGGGUUUCCAUCUUGGUUCAUACCAUCAUUUACUUUGGCCUCGUCACCAUUUUCCUCAUUGCUAUUGGAGUUCACAUCUACACCGGCUAGCAGCAAUCUAUAUUUAUUUAUAUAUUCGAUUUUCUCAGGGAUACAUCAAUUGUUUUGUCAUUUCUGAGUUCAGUCGGUGUGUUUAAUUUCAGCAGCAUUUUUUUUU